GUAGUAGCAUUAAGAUUGUACGAAAGCAAGUUUGUUUAGUGUUUACAGCAGCAGCGGGGAGUAAGCGACCGUCCAUCACACGUGGGAGCGAGGCAGACAAGCUCAGACAGCGCCAUCCCUACUAACCAAAAUGGGCAGUAAAAGGAAGAAGAAGGGAGAGUCAGGAGAGGCAAAGAGGUACAUCACAAGAAAUGCUGCUGUCAAGAAGCUGCAGCUGUCUCUCAGGGACUUCAGGCGACUGUGCAUUCUGAAAGGCAUCUACCCUCGCGAGCCCAAGAACAGAAGGAAGGCACAGAAGGGCGACUCCACCAUCAAGACACUCUACUACAUGAAAGACAUCCAGUUUCUUCUUCACGAACCCAUCAUCUGGAAGUUCAGAGAGCACAGGGCGUUCAGCUUAAAGAUCAAACAUGCCAAGGCAAAGAAGGACCGAUCCAAGGUACAGCGCAUGAUGCAGAACAAGCCCAUGUACCGCCUGGACCACAUCGUCAGGGAGCGCUACCCAACCUUCACCCACGCCCUUAGAGACCUGGAUGACCCACUCACCCUCUGCUUCCUCUUCUCCAAGCUGCCACAAGUACAACGGACAACACUCAACAUGGUGAAUAUGUGCCGCCGCCUGACGCUGGAGUUCAUGCUGUACGUGAUCGAGGCACAGGCGCUGCGCAAGGUGUUCAUCACCAUCAAGGGCUACUACUACCAGGUGGAGAUCAUGGGCCAGACCAUUACCUGGAUCACCCCUCACCCCUUCACCCCACAGACCACCACCGGCGUGGACUUCCGCAUCAUGAGGGUGUUUGUGGAGUUUUAUAUCACACUGCUGGGCUUCACCAACUUCCGUCUAUAUCACCACCUCAACCUGCACUACCCACCCACACUGCCCCACGCUGACAUCAAGGAAGGCGGUGAAGACGACGUAGAGAUGGGUGACCCUGAGCGCCUUGCUUCCCUCAACUUUCCCCUCAAGAGGAACCAUGUGGAGGACAGCAAUGAGUCAGAGACCAUUGACACACACUUACUGGAGGAGGACGAGACUAGGCUGCAAGAGGCCCGGGAGGAGGAGAAGAAGAAGAAGCAGCAGCAGAACCUCUUCAAGGGACUCAAGUUUUUCCUGAAUCGAGAGACCAAUAUAGAGUCGCUUACCUUUGUCAUCAGGGCGUGUAAAGGAGAGGUGUCAUGGGAUGAGUCCACAGCAGACGGCAACACCUUCCCUGUGACAGACGAGACCAUCACACACGAGAUUGUGGACCGAGAUAACCCCAAACAGACACACUUGUCCCGGUAUUAUAUCCAGCCACAGUGGGUGUACGAUUGCAUCAAUGCCCGCAUGCUCCUCCCUGUCCAGGACUACUUCCCAGGCACCUCUCUGCCCCCGCACCUCUCACCCUUCGACCUGGAGUGUCACACCUACUUGCCACCAGAGCAGAAGCAGCUGAUUGCACGGCAGAAAGGAGAGAUCCCAGAGGACAAGCUACCACUCCGCCAGGACAGUGACUCAGAGGAGGAGAAUGAACGCAAAAAGAAGAAGAAGUUGAAUGAUGCAAAUAUUAGGCCUCUAGAUUCCUUCAAGACCAGGACACAGAAGAGGAAGGAGAAAAAGAGGAAGCUUGCCCAGAAAGAAGCCACCAAGGAGCAGGAGAAGGAGAGUAAGCCAACACGGACAUGGGAGGAUGUCAGCAGAGAGGAAGAGGCCAUGGAGACACAGGCAGCACAGAAUGGCAAGGAGGAAGCACCACCAGAACAGAAUGGGAAGAAGGCAGGAACAGAAGAGAAACCCAAGCAGGAGAAGAAGAUGGGUGUGCACCGAGGCAAGGUGCAGAUGAUCAAUCCACACGCAACUGAGAAGCAGGAGUUGGAGGAGAAGAAGCUGGCCAUUAUGAUGAUUCCCCGCAAGAAGAAGAGGGUGUACCACAUGCUGCGGCGGAGGGAAAAGCGGAAGGAGACCGGGGCACGGAGACUCACACAGAAGAGGCUUGCAAUUGAUCACGAAAAGGAGAAGGCGAAGAAGGCAAAGAAAGCAGGAGUAUAGUUGUUGUAUUGGUAGCUUGGAUAUUGGGGAGGGUGGAAGAGGGAGGCUAAUCGUUGGGUUAUUGCUUAUUUUGUGAUCAUUAUUACUAUAUUUGUUAUUAUAAUUUUUUUUCAUUUUUCAUAUAUUUUUUUAUGUAAGGAGGAAACCAGUCAAGGGGAACAAAAAUUAUAAAAAAAUAAAGCCCGCUGAGUUGUCAAUCCCUAAGUGAGGUUACCAUCGAUUUCAUUGAUCUAUAGCAAUAUUUCCAUUAUGUGAAUUAGGUCUGUCUAUUUACAUAUAUCAGUGUUAUUGAAUUAAAGGGUAUAAUGAAGUUACUGCCAGCCCAUACAAGAUUAUCAGCAAAUAUAAAUAAAAUUAAAAGGAG